ACGUACAUAUGUGACCGGGGCCUGAAUUACAUGGAGAAUCUGAUGCGAACUUUUUCAAUCCUAAUCUGUAUUUCGUUAUAUAUCUGUACUUGUCCCUCACUCAUCCAACAUUUUCGUAAGAGGCAAAAGCAGUAAGCAGUGCCAGCAGUAGUCAAAAAUAUGUACACAUAGAUGGCGCACGAUACUCGAAAUUUCUUGGUUAAAAUUUUCGUAAAAUGUCCUUGUAUUAUACUGCUAUACUAUACUAUAAUACUAUAUUAUAGACACUACGUCACCAUAGAUGUUGACGAUUAACUAAACAUGGGUGUUUAUCUAUUCUAUUAUGUUUUAAUAAAAAUUGAACAAUGAGUAUUACACGAGUUGGACUAGUAAGUGUUGGUGUACUCGGUUAUUGGCUAGCGAUAUUGGCGGUGAAUCUAUUUUCACUGUAAAAAAAUCCCACCAAACGCAAAAAAUGAUGAUAUCUCAUCGAGUAGGUGUUAUUAUUAAAGCGUAACUAUUAUGUUAUUUCACAUUUGAGAGAAGACGCAUGCCGAGAAAUGCAGUAGAGAUCUAACCUCUAACAACACCAUUGAUCUAAGUCGCGGGCACAAAAUAGUGUCGCCAAAAUGAGUGCGUCGACGGGAGUGGUACAGCAACUGGUCGGGCGGCUGAAGUCUAAGCACGAGGAAGUGCGCGCAAAAGCCGCUCGGGAGCUGAGCCUGUACGUGAAGACGGAGUUGCGCGAGGCGACCCAGGACGAGAUCACGGCGUUCAUGGACGAAUUCAACCACCAUAUAUUCGAGAUGGUCUCGGGCUCGGACAUAAACGAAAAGAAGGGUGGCAUCCUUGCAAUCGUGUGCCUGAUCGGCGCGGACGUGGGCAAGAUCAACACGCGCACUAUCCGCUUCGCCAACUAUCUGCGCAACCUUCUGCCGUCGAACGACGUGGGCGUGAUGGAGCUGGCGGCGCGCACGGUGGGCAAGCUGGCGCUGGUCUCGGGCACCUGCACCGCCGAGUACGUGGAAUUCGAGGUGAAGAAGGCCUUCGAGUGGCUGAGCGGCGACCGCCACGAGAACAAGCGCCACGCGGCCGUGCUGGUGCUGAAGGAGCUGGCCUCGACGAUGCCCACCUACUUCUACCAGCAAGUCAGCCAGUUCUUCGAGCUGGUGUUCCAGGCGGUGCGCGACCCCAAGCCCGUGAUCCGCGAGCAGGCGGUCGAGGCGCUGCGCGCCGCUCUCGUGGUCACGGCGCAGCGCGAGUCGGUGCAGCCGGCGGGCGGGCCGGCCGCGGCCACGGAGGCCGCACUGGACGUGCGCCCCAAGCAGUGCCACUGGUACCGGCUCUGCUACGACGAGGUGCUGGCCGGCCUGGAGGAACCCGCGGCCCGCGAGAAGGCCGGCAGCCGCGAGGAGCGCGCGCACGGCUCGCUGCUCGUGCUCAACGAGCUGCUGCGCUGCAGUAACCUGCAGUGGGAGCGUCGCUACGAGGAGCUGAUGGAGCGGCUGAGCUGCCCGGGCGCGCCCGAGCUGGACCCGCUGGCGCUGGCGCCGCCGCGCUUUCGCGGCGCUGGGCCGCACCACGGGCGCCAGCAGCAGCAGCCGGCGCCGCGGCGACCGCUGCUGCACGAGUCGGCGGCCUGUCGCGCGCUCAUGCUCGAGCGCCUGGACGAGGUGGUGGACGAGGCGCUGGCCCAGCGCCACAGCCGCAGCCCACACAUCCAGCAGGCGCUGAUGCAGCUGCUCCCGCGACUGGCGGCCUUCCGCCGGCAGAGCUUCGUGGCCGAGCACCUGCGCGAGAUGGUGGCCUACCUGCUGGGCGCGCUGCGCGGCCGCGAGCGCGAGCGCGCCCAGGCCUUCGUCUGCCUGGGCCUGACCACGCUGGCCGUGGGCGAGGAGGCCGCGCGGCCCUUCCUGCCGCGGCUCUGGGAGCUGAUCCGCGCGGGCCUGCCGCAGCGCGAGACGCCGAGCAAGAAGCGCGCGCAGCCGCUGGAGCCGGCGCUGUUCGCCUGCGUGGGUCUGCUGGGCCACGCCUGCGGCCAGGAGGCGGCGCGCGAGCUGCGCGAGCUGCUGGAGCCCAUGCUGGCCACGGGCCUGUCGCCCGUGCUGACCACCUGCCUGCGCGAGCUGGCAGCCACGGUGCCGUCGCUGCGGCCCGACGUCUCGCAGGGUCUGCUGCGCAUGCUGUCGCAGAUGCUCAUGUACAAGCCUCUGCGCCACCCGGGCGCGCCCUGGACGGCCGCGGCCAGUCCGCAGACGAGCGGGCCGGGUCCCGGGGUGUACCACGCGCACCAGCACGCACCGGGCCCCGAGGCCGACGUGGCCGCCACCGUGCUGGGGCUGCGCACGCUCGGCACCUUCGACUUUGACGGCAGCCCUCUGCUGCAGUUCGUGCGCCGCUGCGCUGACUACUUUCUGGAUUGGGACGAGCCGGAGGUGCGCCUCGAGGCGGUCAAGACUUGCUCGCGGCUGCUACGGCUGGCCAGCGUGGGUCAGUCCGGGCCCACCGUCACCGCCACCGUGUCCAGCGUGCUGGGCAAGCUGCUGGUAGUCGGCAUCACCGACCAGGAGCCCGAGGUGCGCUACUGGGUGCUCGCCUCGCUGGACGAGCCUUUCGACAUCCACCUCGCGCAAGCAGAGAGCUUGUCCUGCCUGUUCGUCGCCAUGAACGACGAGGUGUUCGAGAUCCGCGAGUUGGCCAUCCGUACGAUCGGCCGGCUGAGCGGCAUGAAUCCGGCCUACGUAAUGCCGGCGCUGCGCAAGACCCUCAUCCAGUUGCUCACCGAGCUCGAGCAUUCGGGCAUGGGUCGCAACAAGGAGCAGGCGACGCGCAUGCUCGACCACUUAGUCUGCUCGGCGCCGCGGUUGAUCCGGCCCUACAUGGAGCCCGUGCUCAAAGUGCUCGUGCCCAAGCUGCGCGAGCCCGAGCCCAAUCCAGGCGUGGUGCUCGCCGUGCUGCGCGCGCUCGGCGACCUCGCCGAGGUCAGCGGUCAAGAGAUGCAGCCCUGGAUGCCCGAGCUGUUGUCCAUACUCCUGGAGAUGCUUGUCGACGCUUCGUCGCCGGAGAAGCGAGCUCUCGCCCUCUGGUUGCUCGGUCAGCUGGUUAGCAGCACCGGCCACGUGGUGCGCCCCUAUACGCAGUAUCCCUCGUUGCUGGAUGUGCUGAUGAACUUCCUGAAGACGGAGCAACAAUCGGUGGUGCGCCGCGAAACGAUCCGUGUUCUGGGAUUAUUGGGGGCUCUGGACCCCUACAAGCACAAGAUGAAUCUAGGUCAGAUUGCCUCGCCGCAGUACGAGAACGUGAGCUCAAGGCCAUCGGCAGACGGUCUGGGCGCGGGACUGGUGGCGGCUGGCGGGACGGCAACCGCCCUCGGCAAUGCCGGACCCGUCGGUGUCGGGGGUGCUCAUCCCGGCGAUGAGCUGAGCACUAGCGAGAUGUUGGUCAACAUGCCGUCGGCCACGCUCGAGGAAUAUUACCCCGCCAUAGCCAUAGCCACGCUGAUGCGUAUCAUUCGCGAGCCGACCCUCGCUCAGCAUCAUACGAUGGUCGUGCAAGCAGUCAGUUUCAUAUUCAAGAGUCUAGGCAUCAAGUGCGUGCCCUAUAUCGCCCAAGUGAUGCCAAGCUUCCUCAACGUAUUACGUAGCGCCGAUGUGAGCUUCCGCGAGUAUCUCUUCCAGCAGUUGGCCAUCCUCAUUGCCAUCGUCAAGCAGCACAUACGAAACUACCUCGACGAUAUAUUCGCAUUGGUGCAGGAAUUCUGGACGUGCAACAGUCCGCUGCAAGUCACCCUCAUUCUCUUGGUCGAGCACAUCGCCGUAGCUCUCGGCUCCGAGUUUAAGAUCUAUUUGCCUCGGCUGAUGCCGCAAAUCCUACGCGUGCUUUGCCACGACGCGAGCAAGGAGCGCCAGGUCACACUGAAACUGCUCCUGGCGUUGCAAAAGUUCGGGUCGAACCUCGACAGCUACCUGCACCUGAUUCUGCCGCCGGUAGUGCGACUGUUCCAGUGCCAAGAUCCGGGGCAGUCAGCGGCAGGUGGACAAGAGGUGCCCAUAGCCGUGGCACGCUCCGCCCUCGAGACCGUCGAGCAGCUAGCCGAAGUGCUGGAUUUCAGUGAUUUCUCGUCGCGUAUCGUGCAGCCACUGCUGCGCUGCCUCGAGCAGUGCCCUGACUUGCGUGGACCCGCCUGCGACACGCUGUGCGCCCUACUGCUCCAGCUCGGACCUAAGUUCCAGGUGUUCCUACCGCUGGUGCAGCGCGUGAUGACGCGCCAGCGUAUCGUCCACCAGCGUUUCGACGCCCUCGUUGAUAAGAUGCAGAGCGAGGCGCGCCUGGGUGGUGGCGUCGGCUUCGAACUGGGUAGCGAAAACGCUGAGCCGCCACGGUCGAGCGGAAUGACCCCCGCAGGCUUGGCCUCGCGGCGGCAGCGUCAAGCGCGCAUGCAAAGUCAGCGCGCCGAGCUGGGCCUAGCCUCGCACUCCAGCGACGCUACAGUCAUCAAGAAGCUCAACGUGUCCGCCUCAAAUCUGCAGAAGGCUUGGACGGCCACGCGACGUGUUUCCAAGGAUGACUGGCUCGAGUGGCUGCGCAGCCUUUCUAUCGGUCUGCUUAAGGAGUCGCCGUCGCCGGCUUUGCGCUCUUGCUGGGCUCUGGCACAGACCUAUUCGCAGCUGCCACGAGACCUCUUCAACGCGGCUUUUGUCUCGUGCUGGAGUGAGCUCGACGAGACUCAUCGAGCCGAGCUGAUCUCCACCCUUCAGCAGGCCCUCACGGUGCCGGAUCUGCCCGAGAUCAGUCAAACCAUUCUUAACAUCGCCGAGUUCAUGGAGCACUGCGAUAAAGGACCAUUGCCACUUGAUAUACGUAUACUCGGUGAAAGAGCCAUGCAUUGCCGCGCCUACGCCAAAGCCUUGCACUACAAGGAGGAUGAGUUUCAUAAAAACAGAAGCAGUGCCGUGUUCGAGUCACUGAUAAGUAUUAACAACAAGCUGCAGCAGAAGGAAGCGGCUGAGGGUUUGCUCGAGUACGUGAUGAAUCAGCAGCAGCAACAACAGCAGGAAAACAAAGGCAAUCAGCAGGAGGGUAAACAAGAGCUGAAGGUGCAGGUGCGUUGGUACGAGAAGCUGCACAAUUGGGACAAAGCCUUACAUCUGUAUCGCGAGCGUCUGGAGGUCGACGCGCAAGACGUGGAAUCGACUCUAGGCGAGAUGCGUUGCUUAGAAGCUCUGGGCGAGUGGGGCCAGCUGCAUGAAGUCGCUAUGACUCAGUGGGCUUCGCACUCGCAGGAAACUAAACAACGUAUGGCUAGAAUGGCCGCUGCAGCGGCUUGGGGUCUGAACCAGUGGGAGAGCAUGCAACGUUACGUCGCUCUCAUACCCGAGGACUCUCAGGACGGAGCCUUCUAUAGAGCCGUGCUGGCUAUUCACGACGAGCAGUACGAUCUUGCACAUCGGCUCAUCGACAACGCCAGAGAUUUACUUGAUACCGAACUCACAGCUAUGGUGGGCGAAAGUUACCAAAGAGCUUACAACGCCAUGGUCGAGGUGCAAAAAUUGGCUGAGCUCGAGGAAGUCAUACAGUACAAAUUAGUGCCAGAAAGACGAGCUACGAUCAAGUCCAUGUGGUGGGAACGAUUGCAAGGUGGCCAACGUAUCGUUGAGGACUGGCAGAAGAUCAUACAGGUGCACACACUUGUCAUUUCACCUCAGGACGACAUGUACACUUGGCUCAAGUAUGCUAGUCUUUGUCGGAAGAGUGGCAAUCUUCAGCUAUGUCACAAGACGCUUGUGAUGCUACUUGGCGCUGAUCCUUCUCAGCGACCGGAGCAACCGGUUCCUACGCAACAUCCUCAAGUUACUUUUGCCUACUGUAAGCACAUGUGGGUCGCCGACAAACGCGAAGAAGCCUAUGGUCAGCUGCAACGUUUCGUACAGAAUUUCUUCCCAAAUCAGCAACAAAAUCCGGUACAAGUAGAGGACGAACGACAAUCGGAGGUGCGCCAGCGGCUGUUGGCUCGUUGUAAUCUCAAACUGGGCGAGUGGCUGGAAGCUUUGCAUGGCAUCGACGAGAAAUCCAUUCCAGCGGUGCUUUUAUACUACGCAGCGGCAACCAAACACGAUCCCAGCUGGUACAAAGCCUGGCACGCGUUCGCAUACACCAACUUUGAGGCAGUUCUCUUCUACAAGCAUCAGCAACAAGCUGAAGCGAACGCCGCUGCCGUAGCUGCUGCCAAUUCCGUCGAGAGCCCGACGGUUGCCAUGCCCGCGCAGAGCCACGCUUUUGCUUCCCAAUACAUCUCGCGCUUCACCGUGCCGGCUCUCGAAGGUUUUAUCAGAUCAAUCAACCUUUCACAUGGUAACUCUCUCCAAGACACACUGAGGCUGCUCACUCUCUGGUUUGAGUACGGUCAGUGGCCCGAAGUUUACGAGGCAAUUAUCGAGGGUAUCCGCCUGAUAGAGAUCAACACCUGGCUACAGGUGAUACCUCAACUCAUAGCUCGCAUCGACACUCCUCGAGCCUUAGUCGGUCGCUGCAUUCAUAAUUUGCUCGUAGACAUCGGCAAGUCGCACCCACAGGCACUGGUCUAUCCAUUGACCGUAGCUUCCAAGAGCGCCAGCCCAGCACGCAAGACCGCUGCCAAUAAGAUUCUGAACAGCAUGAGCGAGCACAGUCCAACCUUGGUACAGCAGGCGAAAAUGGUCAGUGACGAAUUGAUUCGCGUUGCCAUACUUUGGCACGAGCUCUGGCACGAAGGUCUUGAGGAAGCAAGUCGUCUGUAUUUUGGAGAGCGUAAUGUCAAAGGUAUGUUUGACACUUUGGAGCCGCUACACGCGAUGCUCGAGCGGGGCCCUCAGACUCUCAAGGAAACGUCCUUCAAUCAGGCCUACGGUAGGGAUUUGAUGGAGGCGCAAGAUUGGUGUCACAGAUACAAGGUGUCAGGAAACGUGCGUGAUCUGAAUCAAGCCUGGGACCUAUACUACCACGUAUUUCGGCGUAUUUCCCGACAACUGCCUCAGCUAACUAGUCUCGAGUUGCAAUACGUCAGUCCUAAAUUAUUGCUGUGUCGAGAUCUCGAACUUGCAGUACCCGGUAGCUAUCAACCGGGUCAACCGAUCGUCAAGAUUGGCAGUAUUCAUAGCUCUAUGCAAGUGAUUACCAGCAAACAGCGCCCAAGAAAACUUUGCAUCAAAGGAAGUAAUGGCAAGGACUACAUGUUCCUAUUGAAAGGACACGAAGAUCUUCGCCAAGACGAGCGAGUAAUGCAACUAUUUGGUUUAGUCAAUACUCUGCUACUUCACGAUCCUGACACGUUCAGGAGGAAUCUCACGAUUCAGAGGUAUGCCGUCAUCCCAUUGUCAACGAACAGUGGUCUCAUCGGAUGGGUUCCACACUGCGAUACUUUGCAUACUCUGAUAAGAGACUAUCGGGAGAAAAAGAAAAUUCUGCUGAAUAUUGAACAUAGAAUAAUGUUGAGGAUGGCUCCUGAUUAUGAUCACUUGAUGCUGAUGCAAAAGGUCGAGGUGUUUGAACACGCGCUCGAGCACACUCACGGCGAUGAUUUAGCUCGACUACUUUGGCUCAAGUCGCCUUCGUCGGAAGUCUGGUUCGAUCGCCGCACCAAUUAUACUCGAUCUCUCGCCGUGAUGUCAAUGGUCGGCUAUAUUCUUGGUCUAGGAGAUCGGCAUCCCUCGAAUUUGAUGUUGGAUCGUCUUACCGGCAAGAUUCUCCACAUUGACUUUGGUGAUUGUUUUGAGGUGGCGAUGACGAGGGAAAAAUUCCCUGAAAAAAUCCCAUUCCGUUUGACUCGAAUGCUUAUCAACGCCAUGGAAGUGACGGGUAUCGAGGGAACCUAUCGUUGUACCUGUGAAUCUGUUAUGUCGGUAUUGCACCGAAAUAAGGAUAGUCUGAUGGCCGUGCUUGAGGCUUUUGUUUAUGAUCCAUUGCUCAAUUGGAGGCUGAUGGAUAAUGCCCAACCAAAGAGUAAGCGAAGCGAAGCACAAGGAAUAAGUUCGGGCAGCAGCCAAGAACACGCCGACAUGCUCGAUUCGCUUACCGCUACCCUACCAAAAAAAGGCGUGCCUUGUAAUAUCGACAACGGAGGUACGUUAAUUAAUGCUUAUUGCUUUGCUGAUGCGUUGGAAUUAAUAAUUCCGAUAACUCGUAAAUUUCAUUGCUUUUUUGUAGGCGAAAGUAGUCAGCCCGAGGCUCUCAAUAAAAAAGCGCUACAAAUUAUUAAUCGGGUCCGAGACAAAUUGACAGGGCGUGAUUUCUCACACGAAGAAACGCUCACCGUGCAGCGCCAAGUAGAUUUGCUUAUUCGACAGGCAACCAACAAUGAGAAUCUUUGUCAGUGUUACAUUGGAUGGUGUCCAUUCUGGUAAAGACGCAAUACAUACAGAUAUAUAUACUUUUUCUAUUUACGCCUUUACAAGUGACAAUUAGGGAUAAGUAUACAGUACUGAGGAGAAACUACUUUUACAUUCGUUUUUCUUCAAUAUUUUG